GGCAUCGCCACCAGCUGAUAUUUUCUUUCCUCAGGACCAGCUGUUCAGGAGCAUCCCGGACCGGAGCCAAGCACAUUUAGGACUUGGAUCUGACCCGGCCCGGCGGCCCAGCCUGCGCAGCGAUGUCGAUGGUGGAGGAAAACCGGCCGUUCGCCCAGCAGCUCUCCAGUGUCUACUUCACCAUCCUCUCCCUUUUCUGCUUCAAGCUCUUUGUGAAAAUCAGCCUGGCCAUCCUCAGCCACUUUUACAUAGUGAAAGGCAACCGCAAGGAAGCGGCUCGGAUAGCGGCCGAGUUUUACGGAGUAACCCAAGGACGAGGUUCCUGGGCAGAUCGGUCACCACUACAUGAGGCAGCCAGUCAAGGUCGUCUUCUAGCUCUGAGAACAUUAUUAUCACAGGGUUAUAAUGUCAACGCAGUGACCAUAGACCAUGUCACGCCGUUACACGAAGCCUGCCUUGGAGAUCACGUGGCCUGUGCCAGGACACUUCUGCAAGCCGGAGCCAACGUAAACGCGAAUACCAUAGACGGCGUGACCCCCUUAUUCAACGCGUGCUCACAGGGCAGCACCAGCUGCACAGAGCUGCUCCUGGAAUACGGUGCCAAACCCCAGCUGGAGUCCUGCCUUCCUUCCCCUACGCACGAGGCAGCCAGCAAAGGUCACCACGAAUGUCUGGAAAUCCUGAUAUCCUGGGGUGUAGAUGUUGACCAAGACAUUCCUCAUCUGGGAACCCCUCUGUAUGUAGCUUGCAUGUCCCAGCAGUUCCAUUGUGUCCGGAAGCUUCUUUACGCUGGUGCUGAUGUACAAAAAGGCAAAUAUUGGGAUACUCCAUUACACGCUGCUGCUCAACAGUCCUGUACAGAAAUUGUAAACUUACUGCUAGAAUUUGGAGCGGAUAUCAACGCCAAAAACACAGAUCUUCUGCGGCCUGUCGAUGUAGCGACUUCUAACAGUUUGGUGGAAAGAUUAUUGCUUCAACAUGAAGCCACCCCAAGCUCUCUAUGCCAGCUCUGCAGACUCUGUAUCAGAAACUACAUCGGUAGACCAAGAUUACACCUUAUCCCACAGCUCCAGCUGCCAACGUUAUUGCAGAAUUUCUUACAGUAUCGAUAAAGGAGUAAAAUAAUUCUAAAUGUCUGAAAAUCAGAAAUUUCUAUUUCAUCUGCAUAGUGUAUAUUUCAUAUUAAAACAUGCUAAAGAGAUGGUAGAGAUAUGAGAAUACCCGGGAAGUUAGUGAAAUAGCAAUUUUAGUUAAAGUGUACUAGUGCAUAGUAUGUUUCAUGCAUUUUUACUGUUUUUGGACUAUAAUAUGUUUAAAGUAUCUAUAUGAACCCUUACUAAAAGUAUUCAUAUAUUUUUGAAGGUCUAGAUUCUCCGAUGAAUGUUUAUGCUUCUAAGUUUUGGCCUCUGUGAUUAUUUCUAUAUUGUUGACAUUAAUACAAAAUAUGAGUAUGGUUUAGAAAAGAGCAGCUCAUAUAUUUUUUGAAAUAAAGAUGACUGUCAUUCAGGAAACCCACUAUGGUAAAUGUUUGCUUAUCAUUAUAAUGAUCAAUUCAGUAAAGAGAAGACGAAUCGCCCCUUUCCUGCAAAGGUCCCAGUGGUCACUUCACUGCCUUAGGUAAACCUGUUUCAGAAACUGGCAGGACUAGAAUGAUCACUACAGCUCUCUCACCCUGAGAAGUCUGGAACAUUACACACCUGCUCCGUGUAUUUGAAGACCCUUUCCUACUCAUGAGUGGUCUCUCAGGGUCUCUCUUCCGUGCUUUUAUACAUAUCACCCCAGCCUCCUCCAUUCAGAGGCUGUCAGGAGCUGGUGAGACUUGGACCAGGAAAAUGAACUUCAUAUGUAGUUGAUAAAGAGGCCCUGGGUCACACUCUAGGGAUCAGGGGGGCCCAAGGCUGUAGAAGGUGAAAGAUAAAAAAUGCCUUAAAAUGUGGGGUUUUCAAAGAAAAGGAAAAAGGAUGUUACUUAGCAAACACAGAAACCUUAGGAAAUGUCCCCCAUCUGUGGACCUUCACUGUGGUGUUUCUAAUUCUUGCACAAAACAAAGGUUCAGCAUAGACGAUACUGUAAAGGGAUGCUGUACAUAAGAAGGUUUCCUCUGUGGGGUUUAUUCUCUUCUGCUUAAUGUAUUUGAGUGCAAUAUAAAAAGUAAUUAAAAAAUAAAAUUAAACAUUAAAAAAAA